ACGGCGGAAUAAAGCGACUUUUUACGAGCGCAGCUCUGUAUCGUGACGUCAUAUAAUUAGAGUAAAUACAAAGUAGACGAUGGUGUCAGCGUGUUGUUUGUAGUGCUCUGUGAUUAAUAGAAAAAAAAAUGGAUAAUGCUGAUAUACAGUUGGUGGGGGGGCCCUGUGGCCAACAUGGACCGUAUACGUUUUACAAGGCUUUUAAAUAUACGAAAAACGGUAUUAAAAGAAUAGUGACUUUGAGUGAAUUUUUCUUUGUUAAAUUGUGGAUUGACUCGGAUUUAUUGUGCAUUGGUGAAUUGCAGUUGUUAUGGAGUGAUAAAAAUAGUGACCAAGUGUUGGCGAGUUUACGUCUUUAUUUUCUUCCAGAGAAUACACCGGAAGGUCGGAUGGACCAUGGAGAGGACGAAGUGCUGGCCAUUUCAGAAAAAGUCGUCCUGCGAGUGGAAGAUUUAAUAACUUGGAUCACAGUAGAUGCAGAAUGGACGUGGGGUAGAUUAGCCAAGUGCGAAAAAGACGUAAAAGAUCCGCCAAAAAGCGAGGAUAACAAAAACAACAUCGGAUCGCUUACUGAAAGCUCCUUGGACUUUUCAGAUGUGGAAAAGGAAAGAAAAGCUUCAGACUGCAAUUCUGAGCACUCCGGACCUCCGGUGGUGAUCCUGAGUUACCCUCGCUAUUGCAGAUACCGCGCAAUGAUGAGAAGAUUAGAAGGUGUCGAGAACGAAUACCUCAAAUACAAAAUCGUAAACGCUUUGGGAGGCUUCACAGCUUACACUAAAAACACUAGAGUCCUGUUUUGUAAGGACACUUUCGAUUAUCCCGAAUUAGAAGGUCACGAAUUACUUUGCAACCAUCUCGCCCCCAAACUCAAGGGAAGGCCCAGAGGCAAACGGAAAAAACGAAGUGUUUCGCCGGGAUCAGAGAGCAACGAAUCAGAGUCUUCAGUAUCAAAUGUGUUCAAUUCAUCAAAGGAUAAUGGUGCUACUGAAGGUGGCAAAAACGGACUACGCUGUGACAACACUCACCUCAGACGCAGCACAAGAGCUAUAGAAAGUAGCGAAAGCAAAGAAUUUAUUAAAGAAUUGACUAUUUUUAUGAAAACAAACUACACGCCUAUAGGAAAAAUUCCUUCGUUAGGGUACAAAGAACUCGAUUUGUAUUCUUUCUAUACCAAGGUACAGAAGUUAGGAGGCUACGAUUCGGUCACCGCAAAUCGACUUUGGAAGUCUAUUUUUGAUGACAUGAGUGGUCACGCUAAUAGCACAAGUGCUGCUACGGUCAUAAGAAGACACUACGAAAGGUUUCUGUUGCCGUAUGAGCGCCAUGUGAAAGGUGAAGAGUACAAGCCAUUGCCAAUUUCAGAAAGACGAAGACUGAAAAGUAAAACUGGAAGCAGCACCAGCGAUGCCGAAACAAGCGAAAGCACAUCGAGGAGUGGUAACAGCACUCCAGUUCCGCAAGGAUCAACACCGGUUACGCCAACCACUCCAACUGAAAACAAGGAAUUUAAUAUACAAGGGAAGACGUCGUCCUUAAGGAGUGUGCGUGUUAAACCGGAAAGACAGAAAGACAAACAAAUUAGUGACAAAUUGAACAUACAAAACAAUAAUAACGAAAUUAAAACCGAAGACGAAUCCGAGGUGAAAAGUGAGGUUGUGGCUGUCAAAGCUGAAGAAACAGUGCCAGAAAAAGACGUUGAACCGUUAACUUCAGCAGUGGCGCCAAUUGCACAAAAACUAAAUCCGGAAAAAUCUCAUUCGCCAGUCGAAGGUAAAGAAAACAUCCCUAUCAAAACGGGGGAUACUCCGAGCAAAAGUCCAGAAGUCAUCGAGGUGCCAUACAAACCUAAAACUCCAGAAGUCAUCGAUCUUGAAGCCGACUCUUACACCAAAACCACCCUCCACCAACCAUUCCUCCACGAAGUCAAGAAACGUAAAUUAGAUAUUUUGAAAGAAGGAGGUCUUGAAGUGACACCUGUUCGAAGUUUCGCUCCGCCCACUUCAACUAAAGAGAUCCGACCGUCGGUUAUACAAACAACCGGAGCUCAAAUAGUACACAAACCAAUCAAAAAUGACAUGCCACCUCCGCCACCAAAACGGCCACAAAUUGCAGUCCCACAAGCCCUUAGUAUAAGUCACGUUAAAGUCGAUCAAAAGCCACCCCCGAAACCAUUCCCAUAUGUUAACGGGAACGUCCCCCCGAAAGUCCUACAAUCGAAAUCGAUUUAUUCAUAUUCGGAAAAAACGGUCUACGGCAACCCCAAAGAUUUAAUGCCGACAACCCACCCUGUCCAUACUCCUAAAUUCAUCGGUACACGAAACGGCGGAGACAUCCUCGAUUUAACAGUGACAAGUCCCCAAAAACCUAUAGUCGAAAUUAUGAAAAUACCAACCCCCACACCACAACCCCCAUCUUUCACAUCCCCUUCGAAAGUUCCGUACAAACCAACCCCAACGCCACCAAUGCUCGACGGUCGCCGUUUAGGUUCGAAUCUAGAAAUAACGUUAGUUGGGUCAAACAAACAACCAAGUGUUCAUAACCAGUCCUCGAAAUACCUACCCCCGCCAUCUCUCACAAAUUACCACAGUAUGAGUAGAUAUCCCCAGAAAAGGAUAUCAUCUGAUCAUUACAGCAACCACAAAAUUCCCCGAAUCGAGGAAAACGGUAAAUAUGGUAAACUCCCUCAGCCAAUCACGCCGGUUCCUGUUUUAUCGACUCGUGAAAACAAGUCGAUGGAACUGAGCGUUCCUCAUCCAUAUGGCCCGAGGAACCAUCAACCAAUCAUAAGCGAGGCUAAGAUACCCCCUCAAAUGCCGCCGGUGUCAAACUCGAAACAUAUACCUCCUCCGAGUCCUGCGUUUCCUUAUUUAUCUCAUUUGUAUGAGAGUAAUAAGAAUGUUCCUCCCUAUAUGCUUUUGGACCCGAUUUAUUAUACAGCAGCCAUGCAGAGUUUAUAUUCGCAUAGUCCGUUGAGUGCAACUCAUCCGGUGUCACCGUUUCCGUCGACGGAACAAUUGAAGUUUUACACGGAUUUGAUGGCGCACAAUUCGCGCUUAAAUUUUCCGUUUCCUAUUGGUUCAGAUGGGAAUCCUUCCAUUCUUAAUAAUAACAGUUUGAAAAAGCCUUCUUCACCUAAUUUAUUACAAGUAGUGACAAAGGAAGAAAUUUUAAAUAAAAAGACUGCAACAUCUCUUUAUAGCAACGUAACGAAAAUAAUUAAACAUGAGGGUUACUACUCCGGGGCCCUUUACAAUGACAUUGCUUUACUUAUUUUAGAAUCUGCCAUUGCAAGCAGCAACCCCGUUUGUUUACCAAAUUUUAAUCAAAAUUUUAAUGGUCACAAAUGUACUGCUGUUGGUUGGAGUGGAACGCAUCGUCAACGAAUAAGAAAACUGAAAAAAGUCGAACUACCGAUAGUAGAAACCAACAAAUGCGAAAAACUUCUCAGAAAUACAACUUUAGGUCACAGUUUUCAUAUACAUCCGUCAUUUAUAUGUGCUGGAGGUGAGGAGGGCAAAGAUACGUGUCAGGGAGAUGGAGGUGGUCCUUUGAUGUGUAAAGUUAAUAAUCACUUUGUGCAAGUGGGGAUUGUUUCAUGGGGAUUACCUGUCUGUGGACAGAAAGAUGUGCCAAGUUUGUACACCAAUGUUGCGAGUUUGAUUAAUUGGGUUAAACAGAAGUUGGAGGCAGAAAAUAUUCAUAUUUCUCAUUAUGAUCAAUAAAGAAACUCA